UCCAUGAAAAGAAACAAUCCUCUUUCCCAGGGAAUGCCAAGUGUCUCCAGCUGUGGUAUUACAUGGAGGGACAGGGCACUGGGACACUAAAUCUGUAUCAGCAGUUCUCAGACAAAGAUCAGCCCCUGCUGGUGACCCAGUCUGGAGAACAGGGUGGACUGUGGAGGUUUGCUCAGACUCCUCUUACCGUCUCAGAGUCAAACUACAGGAUUGUGGUGGAGGGGGUUACAGGCCAAACUGAACAGGGAGUCAUAGCACUUGAUGAUGUUCAGGUUUCACACUAUCCCUGCACUGCUUCAGGACAGUGUGACUUUGAGGUAAACUUGUGCAGCUGGAUGAAUCUGUUGGAGGAGGAUGAUGCUGACUGGCUGAGAGCCCAGGCAGGCACUGGAAACCACACACGACCCAGUGUGGAUCACACCACCAACACUUCCACAGGUUAUUACCUUUAUAUGGACAGUUCUGUGGGGGCCUGGGGAGACACUGCCAUGAUCCUGAGUGAGAUAUUCACCCCUGACAGCAGAGGACACUGCUUCACAUUCUGCUAUCAUAUGUAUGGAUACAAUGUUGGAACGCUCAGGUUAUACAAAAAUAACAGGACCGCACAUAACAGCGGAAAUAAGUUUGGCCAGAUAGCAUGGGAGGAGUCAGGAGAUCAGGGUGAUGUGUGGAGGAAAGGCAACAUCUUUGUGACAUACCAAGAGCCUUUCUGGUUUAUAUUUGAAUACCUAAAAGGAGCAGGUCCCAAAGGAAGUAUAGCUAUUGAUGAUCUCCACAUCAUUCCCGGGCCUUGUGAUUCAUAUCCCACCUCUCCACCUUCACACCACCGUGACACUGUAGGUAUUGGCGUUGGAGUGGGAGUGACACUUUUUGUCAUAUUUACUUUUGGUGCUGUCCUUUUUGUGCUGAAGAAAAAAACUAAAAGGGAAUCUAUACUUGAAGAUGACAUUCUUGAUAGUAACUUUUCUUAUACCCACUUUGACUGCAACAUGAGUAGUUUAACAUCAACAGGAGAGGACGGCAACUCCAGUGACUUAAGGAAUAUUUCCUUUUCAGUAGAUGGAAGUGACAUAUCUUUUGCAUAAUACGAAGAAUCACAGACAGAAAUAAAUCUUUGUAAAUCUCAUGUCAUCUACUGUAUAUCUUUAUUAUAAUGGGAAAUAAUUGCAUUGCUCCAACGAUUUGGAUUAACUGUAGCCAUAUGGCAUUUAAAUGCCUGACGGACUGAAUCAUUGCCAAACAAAGCACACACUUGAGAGGACACCAUAUGAUGUAAAACACAAUAAAACAGCUCAU